AUGGUCGAACUCAUUCACCCCCCAGAGACUCGUCAGCUUCUCCCUCCCCUCCUCGCCUGCCUUCCACUCGCCUUCGUCUCGCCCCGCGCACCUCCAGCUCUCCUCCCGCUCCUCUCCCCCAUUCUGCGCCAACGAGUCGGUGUCCUCAGCUCGCUCUCCACAUCCGCCACAGAAUCAUGGUUACAAUUACUCUGUUGGGAUACCGAGAAGGCAGAACGUCUACGGGCAAUCAUUGACGGUGCCACUUUCGAACCCCACCCCGUCUCAGGCGAGAUCGAGCUCCCCGAUGAGCUUCCCGUGACAUACAAACGGGUGGACGAUGAAACCCUCAAAGCACAAGUGCCUCUCCAUGACUACUGCAUUACAGUAGUUUACCUCUGGUGUCCAACGGACGAAGAAGGUGGCGGUCGUGGUUGGCGAGUCGCUGAGCUUCUGCCACGGGAAGGCCCCGCGGACGAUGAAACCUGGGCAAUCUCUAUCGGCGAGGCAAAUCUCCAAGCAAGGGAGCAGUCGGGCACCAAUGUGCCGGAGGUCAAAUUCCAAGACAACACCUUAGAGGAAGAGGACGAUGACGAUGACUACUGGGCUCAGUACGAUGCUACACCCGGAUCCAAGACCCCAGCACAGCCUGCUGGCUCCUCGAAGCUGGGACCCUCAGGUCUAUCUGAACAGUCAUACUUCUCACAGUACGGGGACGUCCAGCCAGCUAUGGACAACCACGACCCCGGCGAGGAGCAGCCAGAGGUCGGUCCGUCCUCUCUCAAUGGGGACAUGUUGGCGAACUUGCUGCGACGACAGGUCAAUGGAAACUCCACAGACGAGGCCCGCACCAAUGGAUACUCACCUGGCCAGGUUCCCGACAGUGCUGCGCAGGCUUUGAAUCACCCCCGACCGGCGUCUGUCUCAUCUGGUGGCUCCGUAGCCAAGUUGGAAAAGGAAGCGGAGAGUCAGUCCACGUAUGAGGUUGGAGUGAAGCAACAUAUCGGUACGAGUAUCAAGAGUUUGUUCCGCCUGGCCAAGGCCACUGGAAUGCCUCGCGCGGAGUUCCAGUCGCUGGUCUCGACGGAAUUGGAGCUUCUGGACAUUACGGAUGACGAGUAA